GAUUUGGUUCUCUAAAAGAGUUUGUAAACAAAUCUCUUAGAGGGUCUUGAGUGUGAUUUCAACUCAGAAACAAAAGUUUGUCAUUGUCAGCAUUAUCACCUUCACAGUCUAUGACACCAACUAAACGGAAUACAGAACUGAGACCAUAUCAAAAUCUAUAUAGUUGAAAAUUGUGCUGUCCAACUACAGUGAUCAACAUCAAUAAACGAUGAUCAUCUCGCAAUAAUUUGUAAAUCGUCGAAUGUGGAACGGUGAAUUUUUGUUCAUUUUUUUUGUGUUGACUCAGUUUACUGAAAUAUACUUUCAGCAUUCAGUGAGAUUAGUUGUAGUGCUGUGAACGAUUUGAAAACUUCACUUCUUUUGCAUAAAAAUCGUAGAAAAACAUCAACUUGCUGGUAGUUCACCGCGCCAUUAUGAAUCAAGUCAUGGAUGCUUCUUCUAUUGACAUUAAGUACAAUGAGACACUGAGUGCGCGCUUGAAACAUCUCGUCGGCAACAAAAUUUGUUCAGAUCUUUUGUUCGUUAUUGAAGACACCAAUGAGGAAAUACCGGCACACAAACUGAUCGUUGCAUUGGCCAGUCCAGUUCUACACAAAAUAGUAUUCGGAAAUGAAACAUUUCCUCCGUCAGACAUUAUCACAGUGGAUGGCAUAAGUAGGGAAAAUUUCAUGGAAAUUUUACUCUACAUCUACACGGACAGAAUCAGUCUGAGCGAGGACAAUGUUAUCGACAUUUUCCAAAAAUCCAACUACUUCGGUCUGACGGGAAUCGAAUCAAAAUGUUUGCAAUAUUUCGAUGAGAAUUUGAGUGUGUCAACCGUUCCUUGGAUUUUCCAUCAACUCUUCUUUUCCGCUUCGUCGGAUCUCCUCAACAAGUGCAAACAGUACAUUCGAUUCCAACCGUUGAAGUUUUUCGCUUCCGAAGAUUUCGAGACGAUCAGUAUCGAUGAGCUGAAGUCAGUUUUCAAAUUGGAUGCAAUCAACUGCACUGAAGUUGACUUAUUUGAGGCAAUGAUUAGGCUGUCUCGAGCUCAUUGUGCUGCCGCUGGUCUCGAAAUAACAGCAGAAAAUCAACGAAAAAUCCUCGACGGCACUGAAAAACUGUUGCGUUUGGAAUCACUAACUGAAGAAGAAUUCGACAAAUGUCUUGCAAUUCAGAGAGAUUUCUACUUUACCGCUGAAGUCGACCGAAUUCGGGCAGAUAUCAGGAAUGCGGUCACAACAGUCAGAAGGAAAUGGUGCACGUUUCAAGACGCCGUUUGGACUGAACAUAAUGCAGUAGAAGAAAUUAAUCGACCGGCGAGCGCCUUCUAUACAGGUUUGAAUAGGAUUUUCAUUUAUCGUUGUUGCAAAGAAGGUAAAGAGCCUCAAGUUGCGAGCCACUACAUUAACCGCAACGUCGACUCAGACGCGAAAACAGAAAUUUUAUGCGGCACCGGAUACAAAUGGCGUAAAUGUGUGAAUGGUGAGAUUCCACUUGGUGCCGUACCAAUUUCGUUAAAGUAUUCGGAACCAGUGUUCAUCGCACGACGACACGGUGACAGUAGUUUUCUCGGACGAGCAUAUAUGAAUGGUACAAUGACUCUACCUAUGGUCGAUCAUGACAUUUACACACGUCCUGAAUUUGACAUCCUAGUCGCAGAAAAUGUGAAAAAUCCGUACACUGGCAGUGGUGCUCCGUCAGACGCAAUUUUCAUAGGCUGCGACGACCACAAUUACAAAACAUAUUUAGGAAGAGCUUGGUCUCAUGGCGAUCUACUACCAGCUAAAAUAGUAUGUCGACAACAGUGUGAAGCAUUUGUGUCAUAUGGAGGACACGAAGUACAAGUCACCGAGUUCGACUUUGUACGCAUGGAUCCUGGGACAUAUCGAUGGGAACAAGGCAUGGAUGGAGAAGUACCUGAAAAUGCAGUGAUUGCGGGCUGUACGGUCGAAUACGAAAAUUUGUAUUUCGGCCGGACUAUGCAUCAUGGAUACAGAAUUCCCGGUAAAGUUCAUCAGUCGCAUGGUGUUUUGUAUGUGCCAUUUAGAGGCCAAGAGCUUAAUUAUCGAUCGUACGAAGUUUUAGUUCACGUUCGUGAUAUGUAAACGGCAACAUGUUCAUGCUUUCUGUCUUUUCACAUAAAAUAUUUCGAAAAUAUUUAUUUUCGCUUUUGGAAAGAAAAUCUAUUUCUUCAAAUAAAAAUGACUGGUUCACUGAAAAACCGCACCAAUAUUGCGUUAUUCAC